GUCCAACUCUAAAAACAACAAAUAUUAUUUGCUCUAUUCUUUAAGAAAGAAAGAAAAACAAAAACAAAAACAAAAAAAAAACUCCGAUGGAUCGGCAAAAUUCUGAUGACAUCAUGAGGUUUCUUGAUGGAAUGGCUAGCUCCGACGACGUUCUUUUCGGUUUUCUCGACGAAGGAAACCAGUCACCCGAGGAUUUCUCUGACUCCGGUAACCUUAACGGCGGUGGAGACGAUGAAGACGACGACAAUAAUAACAUCAACAAUUGCAAUUCUGAAGAAAACAAAGCUUUUUGGCAGGAACAAGAACAACUUCUUCAGGGGACACUGUAUAGGACAAGUACGAUUGAGACGAAGAUUAGACAAGCGACGAAAGAAGCCUUGAAACAAGUUAAAUCUAAGGGUCCUUUUUAUUGUGUCUGCCGGCGACCAGUGGACGGCGGUUGCCGGAGUUGCUUACGUGGUGAGAUCUCUAGACACCUCAGAGAUGUUGCCGGCUACGAUUGCGUCAUCUCCAAAUCUAAAUGGAGAAGCUCUCAAGACAUCCCUGCAGGGGAACACGAAUUUUUGGAGAUCGUAGACCGAUCGGGUUCGAAGAAAGGCGAGAUGAGAGUGGUGAUCGAGUUAUCAUUUAGGGCUGAGUUCGAGAUUGCAAAAGGCAGUGAAGAGUACAAAAGACUAGUCAGCCGAUUGCCGGAGGUUUACGUCGGAAAAACCGAAAGGCUUCGAUCUCUGAUCAAGAUAUUGUGCAUUGCUGCCAAAAAAUGCUUGAGAGACAAGAAAAUGCAUAUGGCUCCUUGGAGAAAACACAAGUACAUGCAAGCCAAGUGGCUUGGCACGUGCGACCGAUCUAGCUCCUUGGAAGCGACGUCCGAGGCGAUGGAGCCGGAGAAUUGGGUGCCGGUGGCGAAGCCUAGGGUUUCUAUGUUGAACUACGGUGGUCUCUUCUCCGCCGGUCCGACCGCUGUAUCCGUCGUGUGAUAUUUUGUAUUUCUUAAGAUAUGGCUUGUAAUUAUUAAUUGAUUAGGGUGAGUGUUAAUUACGAGUUUCGGAUUUGAAAUGGUCUCAGCGACUCUGGACCGGUACCUGACAUUAGGCUGACUAGUAAGUGACAAAAGGCUGGUUUGAAUCAUUGGUGCAAGAAGAAAUGAGAUCUUUGUGAAUUUUUUUUUAUAAAGUUUUUGUAUAUAUAAUGUAUACGUACCACUAGUAAAAACCGUUCAAAUAGUUACUUACUGUA